GUGUGUGUGUGUGUCACACACACACACACACACACACACACACACACACACACACACACACACACACACACACACACACACACACACACACACACACACACACACACACACACACACACACACAUAUUAUUAAUGUAAAAUACUCAUAAAAGAUUUAUUUUUAUUCUACAAUAAAUAAAAAAUAAUGAACAAAGUAAAAUCGCGUACCGGGGCGAAGAGCCGGUGCGUGCUAUGACGUAGAAAGAAGCGCUUCCGGUUAUUUUCACCGCGAAAAACAAACGUAUUGCUGCGUCCGGCUGGGUCCCAACUGUCGCCUUUCAUAGGGUAGGCCUGACAUUGGCCCUGCCUCGACCGUUGAACGAUGUCCACCGGUGAUUUAAAAGGUGCUCUCCUUAAACUGGACUCGUUGUUGCGGGCUAUGAAGUAUCCAAGAGACGUCGAUUACAGCGGCUUAUCCAAAGGAGAUCCAUCAGCAUUCCUACCAAUAGUGGACUUCAGCUUGACCACGUUCUCCCCCCUCCUCACUGCACAGUUGAUUACGGCAGAGUUCGAGCUCACUGGAAAAACUGAUCUUCGAUUCACCGACACUGUUUAUAAGGUGCUGAGGGAUGUCUUCCAGUACAAACCCGUACUUACCAAGCAGCAGUUCCUACAGUGUGGUUUCUCUCAAAGUAAAAUAGCUGUUAUCUGUGACAUUAUUAACCUUGUCUUGCAACGGCACAAGCAGCUGAAAAAGGAAAAGUUGUGUAAAGAACCCUAUUCCGGGAAAACUGCAGGAGACGCCCAGCCUUUAUCUAGACACUCCUGUUAUAAGGAAAACGAUGGGCCUCUGAACUCUCCUGGAACUCUGAAUGGUCAACGGAUGAAUGAAGGGAAAGAAGACAAGGAGCUCCCAGAUAAAAGGAGAUCCCAGGUCCCACCUGUGGAAGAGCGGAUUUCAUCCCUGGAAGCCAGUUUAGAGAGCUUUGCACUGGUCAUAGAGAGGCUUCCCACACUGGGAACCCAGUUAGAGAGCCUCCCUAUGGCCCUAGAAAGGCUUUCUACAUUGGGAACACGGUUAGAGGGCCUUCCUCUUGCUCUAGAUAAGCUUUCUACGCUUGAAACACGCUUGGCUAAACUGGAGACGCAUCUGGAGAAAGGGACGGCCUGCGGAUGCCCAUAUAAGAAUCAAGACCUUGUUACCAUUUCAAAAGAGAACUGGGACAAUCUUCAAAGCAGAGUUUUGUUGUUGGAAACUAAACUAGAACUUGCCAGUAUCCAGAGAGGUCCCCUGGAAGGAAGUCAUGAGCCCAAACAGGCUGUAACCCAAGUCCAGCCCUCAUCGCUUACCUUCAGUCCUCCUCUCUCCUGUCCGCAGAAGGACGAUCUACAGGACAGGCUGGAGAGGAUAACCAGCAUGAUGAAAAAUACCUCAAGCCUGUUGAAGAUUUCUGAUGUCUCCAUAUAACUCUACAAUUAUCAUCUCAAACCUUUGUUAUAAUUAAUGUUAUUCCAACAUGUGCCUAAAGUCUAAUAAAAUACAACUUUUAGAAUUAUACCUCUUUAAACAAGCAUUGUAUAAGACUGUUAGAAGCAAGGGAAUGAAUUCAAAAUGUCUAAUAUUAUUUAUUUAUGAUUAAAUCGUUUUAACCUUAUUUCAAUGGUUAUUUUAUAAGCCCAAAACCCUGCAUACAUUAAAAUAUAAUUUAUGCAACAAGUAUACACAGCAUAUUUCAGCUUCUACUACUUUCAAAUAGAUACACAACAUUCCUUAUGAUGCUUAGAUUUAAUACACUGCAAUUAUUGAAAGGUUUUAUUUACUUUAUUGACCAUGUGUUACCUAUAUAUCCUUGAUUAUACGAUAUAAGUGUCUGAGGCUUAAAUUUGUUUUGAUUCAUUCGACAAGGUUUUUAUUAGUCGGUUGUUGACUUGAUGGACUUACAUUUUAGUGUUUUGCUAAAACUUGA